UAGUUCUAUUUGAUUUGUCAGAACAUAAGAUUUGAUGUCACUUCUUCUUGAUAGCAUGCUGUCUUAUUGAGUGUACUGCAUAUACAGUAAAAUAAUGUUCUUGAUUAAACUAAAUGUUUAAAUGUACUGUGUGUCAUAUUUCAUAUAUACUAAAUAGUUAUGAAGGCAUGGUAGGGUAAAGUUGUAAAUCAUUCAUUUAAGCUAAAUUUAUGAGUCUUAAAAUUGAUAGCUUAGAGAAGAACUUGAUUUACUACCACAUAAUUAUUUAUCUUACACUAAAUUACGAAAUCCUAUAUUGUAAAACAAACAUGGACUUUGUCGGAUAUAUUCUCAUAUUAACUGUUGGUGUUUUUGGCAUCAUUUGCUGUAUAGGAUCGGAACAGAAUGGCAGGUGCACGUGUAAUACGUUCCGAUGUCCGAUGGAUCGUGUAAAUUCCGGAAGCUGUUAUUCUUCGUCACUUCCGGGUGGCUGGGGAGUUCGCUGUUGCAAGCCAUAUUGUAAAUGCAAGCAUUCUUGUGAAGCAGACGAGACUGACGAAGGGAAGUUUGAAACGCUAGCAGAAAAUAAAUCAGUGACGUCACAAAACUGGCAUCUAGUCAACAUAGACAAGAGAGACCAUUGUCCAGAAAAUACAACACUGUGUUGUCCAAAAUGUAAAUGCCAAAGAGGCGUUUGUAAUAAAAAAGAAAUCAAAGCCAGAAAAAAGAGUUGUGGAGAUAAACACAAACUAUGUUGUCAACCGCAAUCAACGUUGUUCCGUCCAGUGCCCGGAUGUAAAGACAACGAACUUCCUUUAUCAUUUAGCGGAAGUGACCAUUUAUACGGACUAUGUCAGUGUAAGAAAGAGUGUGAAAUGCACGAAGCUUUUUUAGACCACAACACGUGUGGAGAAAACAGAGACAUGUGUUGUAAAUUAUGCGCAUGCAAACCAGAGUGUGAUUCUUUCGAUAUAGAUAUAGGUCAAGGUCUUUGUGGCUACCAACUGCAGCAAUGUUGUCGCGCAUGCGUCUGCAAGACGCCGUGCAACAAACCAGAAGAACUGCUUGGACCAGAGGGGUGUUUUUAUGGUGAAACGGUUUGCUGCGUAACAUGAAAGAUGUCAUGAUGUAUGCUUAUGCUAUGGCUACGCUCUGUUUCCGAUACAUUCCGAAUGACAUUAAUAGAAAUUUUAAUUGAUUAUUUUUGUAUAGUUGAAUAUAAAAUUGAACACAGUUAUGACAAAAUGUAAAAU